UAAAUGAUAAAUGUAGAUAAACUUCAAGGGGCAUUAAACCUUUCCCUUUUAUAUUACAAUAAUAUUUGAAAGCACAACAAAUCUCAAUGCUCCUAACCAGUGGGAGGCAGCACUUUGCAUCCUGGCGGCACAAGGAAGCGCAGCCCGGGCAGGACGCUGAUGCCCUAACGCAGGAAAACGGGAAUAUUUCGCAGGAGGACGGCGCGUGAACCGUGAAUGGAAACAGUUCGGAAUGGCAGCGUCAAAUAGUGAAAGGAGGGCGUUCGCCCACAAAAUCAAUAGGACAGUGGCGGCAGAGGUGAGGAAACAGGUCUCCAGAGACUAUGGCUCUCCGCUGCUGUCCAAGAAACGUGCCGGAGCACAUCAACCUGUUCCUCUGACCGAGGUGGUGGAGCCUGUGGAUUUUGAGGAGUAUUUAAGUAGCCAUGCCCCUGCCGUGGAGCCAGGGCCGCUCAGACAGUUGUUGGAUUUUCCGUCUGAUGACCUGCAGCUCCUCCUACAGGAGAGAGAGUGUACUACACUGGAACCGGCACAACCUGAAGAGGAAUCGCUGGACCCCAGGGUGAGAGAUGCCCUGGCUGUUUAUACAGAGCCCUGGCUCAUCAUUCAGAGGACGCACCGGCUCUUCAGUACCAGCCACACGCCCCACUCCUCCGAGCGGCAGAGAGAGAGGCAGCGAGGGCUGGAUAAGCAGACCUUUGAGCUGGACGAGGCGGCAGCAGAACGCCAUGAGGACCAGGAGGAGGUGAAGCGUCGCUCUGUCACAGUAGACGAGGCUCCUCGGGGCAGCUGGGCCUGCAGUAUCUUUGACCUGAAGAACUCGUCUCCAGACAGCCUGCUGCCCUCAGUGCUGGAGCGCAGCGCCACCGAGGAGAUGGACCGCCGCAACGCUGACGCCCGCCUGCAGGGGCGCCAUCCCGACCUGCUGGGACUCUUCCCUGCCCCUGAUGAGGAUGAAGCUGUAGAGCGCUGCUCCAUCCCAGACGUGCCCAAAGAACAUUCUGGACAGAGGAUCAUCGUCAAGUGUCUCUCUCUGAAGUUUGAAAUAGAAAUCGAACCCAUUUUUGGAAUUAUGGCUCUUUAUGAUGUCAAGGAAAAGAAAAAGAUCUCUGAGAACUUCUACUUUGACCUGAACUCCGAGCAGAUGAAGGGGCUGCUCCGUCCCCACACAGCCCACGUGGCCAUCUCCACCCUCGCCCGGUCCGCCGUCUUCUCCAUCACCUACCCCUCCGCCGACAUCUUCCUCGUCAUUAAGCUAGAGAAGGUGCUUCAGCAGGGUGAUAUCGCAGAAUGCUGUGAGCCCUACAUGGUCAUGAAGGAGUCCGACUCUUCCAAGCACAAGGAGAGGCUGGAGAAGCUGAGGGUGCAGGCAGAGCAGUCGUGUUCUCGUUUAGGCCGCUUCCGCAUGCCCUUCGCCUGGACGGCCAUCCACCUGCUCAACAUCGUCAGCAGUGUGGGGGGGCUGGACCGGGGAGACUCCGACUCAGACUCUGAGCGGAAGGGGACCUGGAAUGAGAGAAGGAAGAAGGGACUUGAGCGGAUAAGUGUGGGAGAGGACAUGUGUAACUUUACAUCCUUCCGUCCUGCCACCCUCACUGUCACCAAUUUCUUCAAACAGGAGGGAGACCGGCUGAGUGAUGAAGACCUCUACAAGUUCCUGGCUGACAUGCGCAGACCUUCAUCUGUCCUGCGCAGACUACGCCCCGUUACAGCUCAGCUGAAGAUAGAUAUUUCUCCAGCCCCAGAGUCUCCUUAUUACUGUCUGUCUCCCGAGCUGCUCCAUGUUAAACCGUACCCUGACCUCCGAGUGCGCCCCACGAAGGAGGUCCUGGAGUUCCCCGCUCGCUACGUCUACACCCCCCACACCACCUACAGGAACCUGCUGUAUGUGUACCCUCAGAGUCUGAACUUUAGCAGUCGUCAGGGCUCGGUGAGAAACAUCGCUGUCAAGGUGCAGUUCAUGGCGGGAGAGGAUCCCAGCCAGGCCCUGCCUGUUAUCUUUGGCAAGUCCAGUUGUGCUGAGUUUCAGAAGGAGGCCUACACUCCAGUCAUCUACCACGACAAGUCUCCAGAGUUCUAUGAUGAGAUGAAAAUGAAGAUUCCUGCUGACCUGACGGAUAAUCACCACCUGCUCUUCACCUUCUACCACAUCAGCUGCCAGCCCAAACAGAACACUCCCCUGGAGACCCCUGUGGGCUACACGUGGAUCCCGCUAAUGCAACAUGGCCGCCUGCGGUCCGGCUCCUUCAGUCUGCCCGUGUCUGUGGAGAAGCCCCCGCCCAGCUACUCCGUCCUCACCCCGGAUGUCCAGCUUCCUGGGAUGAAGUGGGUUGAUAACCACAGAGGGGUGUUCUGUGUAGAAGUGCGAGCUGCUUCUUCUGUUCACACGCAGGACCCUCACCUGGAUAAGUUCUUCACGCUGGUGGAUGUGUUGGAGGAGUACUCCUUCCCGUUCCGGCUGAAGGACGUGAUCAUCACCGAGGCCAACGUGGAGGCGGAGCUGAAGGCCAGCAUGGCACAGCUGCGGUCCGCCCUGCUGGACACCUGCGUGCGCUUCCUGCACCAGCUGCUGAGCAAGCUGGUCCUGCUCAUCGUGCACCCGCCCGUCAUCGCAGGGCAGAUCGUGAAUCUUGGCAGAGCUGCGUUUGAAGCCAUGGCGCUGUUGGCCAAUCAGAUCCAGAAGAACCUGGAGGGCAGUCAGGACCACCACGGCCGAAACAACCUGCUGCUGUCCUACAUCCACUACUGCUUCCACCUGCCCAGCGGGGACCCCCCCGCCCCCCACGGCGGUCUGGCCCCUGCGUAUGAGCUGCCCAUCCAGUACGCCACGUUGUCCCGGGCAACCGCCCGACCCAGCAGCCUGCACCUGUCCCGCUCCAAGAGCAUCAGCAACUCCAACCCCGACCUGGCCACCACGCCCGCCUCGCCUGACGAGGAGGUGCAGAGGAUCAUCGGGAGCAAGGGGAUUGACCGCUCUCACUCCUGGGUGAACUCUGCUUAUGCCCCUGGGGGCUCCAGGGCCGUGCUACGCAGGAACCCCAACUCCAGCAGUGAGCUCAAGCAGGCAUGUGAGCACAGCUCCAAUCGCAUGUCCGCUUUCCUGGAGAACACCUUCUUCUGCCCUGCCCCAACCAGGCACGUCGCCAAGAAGCUGCUCCAUGAGGAGCUGGCUCUGCAGUGGGUGGUGAGCACCAGCACAGUGAGAGAGGCAGCGCUGCAGCAGGCCUGGUUCUUCUUCCACCUCAUGGUGAAGAGCAUGUCCCAUCACCUCUUUCUGGCCUCUCGGCUGGACCUCCCGAGGCGGCAGCGCUUCCCUGACCGUUUCGUAGACGACAUCGCUGCUCUGGUGUGCGCCAUCAGCGCGGACAUUUCCACCAAAUACCACAAGGAUGUGGAGUUGGUUGAGAGGUUGAACAGCAGUCUUGCUUUCUUCCUGAAUGACCUGCUGUCACUCAUGGACCGAGGCUUUGUGUUCAACCUCAUUCGCACCUACUACAAACAGAUCUCCAGUAAGCUGCACUCCACUCCCAACCCCAGCUCUCUGACCGCACUCAGGAUGGACUUCAUCCGCAUCAUCUGCUGCCACGAGCACUAUGUCAGCCUCAACCUGCCCUGCUCCACCCUGAGUCCUCCUGCCUCUCCCUCCCCGUCCACCUCCUCCACCACCUCACAGAGCUCUGCGUUCAGCAGCCAGGUGCAGGACCAGGGCGUGGCCAGCAUGUUUGAGCUCUCCCUGCCCUUCAGACAGCAGCACUUCCUCUCCGCUCUGCUGCUCACUGAGCUGUCACUCAUCCUGGAGCCUGACGGAGAGGGGGUGUUCUUCCUCCAUAAGAAGGCGAUCAGUGCGCUACACACGGUUCUCUGCAGUCACGAUGCAGACCCGCGCUACACCGACCCUGAGGUGCGCCCCUACAUCGCCCGGCUCUACCUGCCGCUCCUCCCCAUCGUCAUGGAGACGCUGUCCCAGCUGCAUGACUUCACAGAUACGUGCCCGACUCGCGUGAGACACGCCUCUGCCGCCACCGCUGGUGAUGACAUCGACUCGGACGGCAGCACCAUCAGUCAGUCUGUCGCCAUGGCGAUAGCGGGCUCCCCACUGCCACACUCCAAGGCCAACCCCUUUGCCCUCCCAGCUGUGGCUGGGCGGCCGUGCUCCUCUCUCUCAGCAGAGUGCAGUAAGACUCUGUUGGCCUGCUUCCUGUGGGUGCUGAAGAACGCAGACUCAGAUCUGCUGGAGGGCUGGAUCUCUGACCUCUCCGUGCUGCAGAUCAACCGCCUGCUGGACCUGCUGCACCUGUGCGUGUCCUGUUUCGAGUACAAGGGGAAGAAGACUCUGGAGAGGAUCAACAGCCUGACCUUUAAGAAGUCCCAGGACAUGAAGGCCCGGCUGGAGGAGGCCAUACUGGGCACCAUCGGGGCGAGACAGGAGAUGGUGCGGAGAUGCCGAGAGAGGAGCCCGUAUGGCAGUCAGGAGAAUGUCCGAUGGAGGAAAAACGUCACUCACUGGAGACAGAACACAGAUCGAGUCGACAAGACAAAAGCGGAGGUGGAGCAGGAGUCCGUGGUGGAUGGGAACCUGUCCACAGAGGCCUCUCUGAUAGUUCUGGACACACUAGAGAUCGUUGUGAAGACGGUGAUGAUGUCGGAGCUGAAGGAGAGUGUGCUGGGAGGGGUGCUCAGGGUUCUGCUCCACAGCAUGGCGGGGAAUCAGAGCGCCCACUUCCUGCAGCACUGCUUCACCACCCAGAGAGCGCUCGUCUUCAAGUUCCCAGAGAUGCUGUUUGAGGAGGACACAGAGCUGUGUGCAGACCUGUGUCUGCGUUUGCUGCGUCUCUGCAGCAGCAGUGUGGCCUCAGUGCGCAGCCACGCCAGCGCCUCUCUCUACCUGCUCAUGCGCCAGAACUUUGAGAUCGGCAACAACUUUGCACGGGUGAAGAUGCAGGUGACCAUGUCACUGUCCUCCCUGGUGGGGAUGUCGCAGAACUUUAAUGAGGAGCACCUCCGCCGCUCCCUCAAGACCAUCCUCACCUAUGCAGAGGAGGACCUGGAGCUGAGAGACACGCCCUUCCCAGAACAGGUGCAGGAUCUGGUGUUCAACCUGCACAUGAUUCUGACCGACACGGUGAAGAUGAAGGAGUACCAGCAGGAUCCGGAGAUGCUCAUCGACUUAAUGUACAGGAUCGCUAAGGGUUACCAGACGUCUCCGGACCUGCGUCUGACGUGGCUGCAGAACAUGGCGGGGAAGCACUCGGAGCGGGGAAACCACGCUGAGGCUGCCCAGUGCCUGGUGCACAGCGCCGCCCUGGUGGCAGAGUACCUCAACAUGCUGGAGGACUGCCGCUACCUCCCCAUCGGAUGUGUGUCUUUCCAGAACAUCUCCUCUAACGUGCUGGAGGAGUCUGCAGUGUCGGAUGACAUCCUGUCCCCUGAGGAGGAGGGGAUCUGCGCGGGGAAGUACUUCACCGAGUCCGGCCUGGUGGGACUGCUGGAGCAGGCAGCCGCCUCCUUCAACAUGGCGGCGAUGUACGAGGCCAUUAACGAGGUCUAUAAGAUCCUCCUGCCCGUACACGAGGCCAGCAGGGACUUCAAGAAGCUGGCCACCGUCCACGGGAGGCUGCAGGACGCCUUCAACAAGGUCUGCAACCAGAGCUCCGGAUGGGAGAGAAUGUUUGGGACCUACUUCCGGGUGGGUUUUUAUGGCAGCCGCUUUGGGGAUCUGGAUGAGCAGGAGUUUGUGUACAAAGAGCCGUCCAUCACAAAACUGGCUGAGAUCUCCCAUCGGCUUGAGGAGUUUUAUAUGGAGCGCUUUGGGGACGAAUCUGUGGAGAUCAUUAAGGAUUCAAACCCAGUCGACAAGAGCAAACUGGAUCCUAAUAAGGCAUAUCUCCAGAUCACCUAUGCGGAGCCGUUCUUUGACACUUAUGAGCUGAAAGAGCGCAUCACCUACUUCGAUAAGAACUACAACCUGCGGACCUUCAUGUACUGCACCCCCUUCACCCUGGACGGCCGCGCCCACGGAGACCUGCACCAGCAGUACAAACGCAAGACCAUCCUCACCACCUCCCAUGCCUUCCCCUACAUCAAGACCCGCAUCAACGUCAUCCACAAAGAGGAGGUGAUCCUGGUGCCCAUAGAGGUGGCGAUUGAGGACAUGCAGAAGAAGACUCAAGAGCUGGCCUUUGCCACCCACCAGGACCCUGCCGACGCCAAGAUGCUGCAGAUGGUGCUACAGGGCUGUGUGGGAACCACCGUCAACCAGGGUCCUCUUGAGGUUGCCCAGGUCUUUCUGGCAGACAUCCCGGAUGACCCAAAGCUCUUCCGUCACCACAACAAACUGCGCCUCUCCUUCAAAGACUUCAGCAAAAGGUGUGAAGAUGCACUCCGAAAAAACAGGUCUCUGAUUGGUCCAGAUCAGAAGGAGUAUCAUCGGGAGCUGGAGAGGAACUACGCCAAACUGAGGGAGUCUCUGUUUCCACUAAUCAACCGCAAGAUCCCCCAGCUCUACAAACCACUGAAUCUCCAGCCCACCCACUCGCAGCGAAACUCCUUCAGCCGAUCCAGUCUGCGCAAAGUGGAUUGCUGAAAAAACACUGAAUCUUUUCGAGAGCUUUAUAACUGUUUCAGGAAAACCUCUCUCCUUCUUUUUAUCCUCCCCUUUCUCUCUCUCUCCAAUCUGUCCUCUCUCUGCCUCCUACCAUUCUGUUUUCAUGUUUUUCCUCAACAUUCCUACAUCUUCCGUCCUUUUGUUUUCUUUUCUCGUCUCUCUCUGACUGGACUGUCCAGAUAUCAUUUCACCUUGUCAGAGUGAACGCACUCCCUGAAACCUCUGGCUUAUUGGUCAUCACAGAAAAAUCUUUUUCCUUGUCUUUUCUCUUGAGAAAUUACAACUGUGCCUUCCAAUGGUCUACACUGAGGAAGAGGUCUGUUAACUUACUCCAUUUGAAUAUAGCCACAGUUCUGGUGUCACGCAAACGCAACACUAUUGCUUAACGCCUCACAAUCAGCAUUGUGGAGGAAAGGUCUUCACGCUUAUUAGAACCUUAGUAGGCCUAUUCGUGUCAUUAUAACAACGAACGCCAAACUUUAAAUGUACCUGCCUUUCUUGUUAGUAUGCAGAUUAAUGCUAGACUGCUCUGUGUAUGAUGGUUGAUUACUCUGUUUGCAGUUCCCGGGCCUGUUCACUCUUUGUAUGACUUCUGACUGUUCUGUGCUUGAUUAUCAGGGCUGGCUGGCUGUCUGUGUUUAUGAGUAAUGAUUGUGUCAUGUGUGUGUGUGUGAUUAGCAGGGCUGGUUGCUCUGACUGUCUGUGGCUUUUAGAGGACUAGACUAUUGAACCACUUAUGGCAGCAGUGUCCAGCAGCCUGUCUGUGUGAGCCAGUUUUAAAUGCUGCAGAAUAAGUAAAGAAAAACAGAAUCUGCUGGAUUGCAGCCUUCCAGCACAUGUGUUUGCAAUUAUGUGUCUGUGUGGGGAUGUGUGUGGAUGUGUUUGCAUGUGUAGGUAUGUUUGAGUGUGUGAGUGUGGGGGGAGGGGGUGGGUUAGCAUGUGUGGGUGUGUGUGUGCGCACACACGUAUAAAUGUGAAGUUAGCAUUUAUCAAUUUCUGCACUCCUCUUUUAUGUAAAGAGUAAUAGAACUACUGCUAUCUAACUACUGUACUGUAACACUGUACCUUAACCACCUGUGUAACUUCUCUUAACUACUGUAUUUCAGACAGAAAUAUUUAUGAUGUAUUUUUUACUGCUUUGUAUUAAAGGUAUUUCUCGGUCCCAGAUGGGAUUCUGACAAUAA